AUGGCCCAAGAACUGGUCUCCAGUUAUGGACCAGCUCUGGGCGUGCAGUCCUCAGAGCCCCUCUCGGCGCGCUCUGGCCGGGAAGCGGAGGGGCCGGUCGCCCGGCGGAGCAGAAACCAGGCCUUGGGCCAUAAGGUCCGGCCGGGGACGGUGUUUGCUGCGCGCUCCCUCCGCACAGCCGGCACUGAGGCCUCCAACCCAGGAGGGGUCCGGGCCCAGGGACUUGAGCCCGCCAUCCCCAACGCAGGCACAAGGCAGACUCCCUCUCGGACCCCGGUCUCGCCCUCGCUUGGGCUUCAGGCUGACGACCACUGCCCGGCCAAAGCGACCUCAGGCCGCCGGCGCCUGGGUUUUCGCCUGGAGGGCUGGCUGGGAGUGGCCGUGACUGAUCAAGCCGUGCUGAAGGCCGAGCAAGCUGCCGUGUUCAAGUUCCCUCUGGCGCCGCUCAGCUGUUCCGGGCUAGGGUCUGCGCUGCUGGCCGCAGGGCCUGGGCUGCCUAGCGCCGCGGGCACGCCGCACCUGCCCUUAGAGCUGCAGCUCCGCGGGAAGCUGGAGGCGCCGGGCCCAGGGGAGCCGGGCACCAAGGCCAAGAAGGGACGCCGGAGCCGCACCGUAUUCACCGAGUUGCAGCUGAUGGGCCUGGAGAAACGUUUCGAGAAGCAGAAGUACCUCUCCACGCCGGACAGAAUAGAUCUCGCGGAGUCCCUGGGCCUGAGCCAGUUGCAGGUGAAGACGUGGUAUCAGAAUCGAAGGAUGAAGUGGAAGAAAAUAGUGCUUCAGGGCGGAGGCCUGGAGUCCCCCACCAAGCCCAAGGGGCGGCCCAAGAAGAACUCCAUCCCUACGAGCGAGCAGCUUACGGAGCAGGAGCGCGCCAAGGAGGCGGAGAAGCCGGCGGAGGCGCCGGGCAAGCCCACCGACAGGAGCCGCGAUGACUGA